AUGAAUAAUGAGAGUCAUCUAGCCACGCCUCUCGCCCAGCCUCCGCGCAUGGUUCCAGGUCAACCCGAGACGGCAAAGGCCGCAACAUGGCGUGACGACGAUUCACAAAGCGCAACAUCGGAUGGACUUGCGCCUCUUAAAAACAACAUCCCCAAAUCAAGACACCAAGCCUACGAGUUGCCCGCGCCCAACUCUACCAUGGCCCUUCCGGCAAAAACUGGUGGUUCUCUCCUAUCGCAGAUAUCUGCCAUGGUUUCCGAAGAAGGCAGCGCCCCUUAUUCUCGAAAUAUUCCUGGAAAACCGAACCCAUCUGCUGUCUGCAGAAUGCAGCCUCAAUUGUCUAACAAGCAGUCAAGAGCUCCGGUCCAGAUUCCGAGGCAGAGUCCCCCAUCACAUGACACCCACACCUCGGAUGGCCAAGGCAAUGAUUUGGAUCUUUACGCUGAUUACAAUGGAAUUGUGAAAGACUUGCGCGACGAAAUGGGCCAGCCGUUGCGAGUUUCAGAGGCAAGGGUACCCAGUCCAGAACCGCAACAGUCACCAACUAAGCCCGAGGCUGCCAAUGUUCAGGUAACACGUGAAUCCCAAGAUGGUGAGCAGCAAAGAUACAGCACAGAUCGACCAAUGAGCUUCAUUGCUGGACCUGCGGACCAAGAUGGAAAGCCCCAAGACCAAAUCAACCAGUCUGCAUCUCCAGACGAUAUAAGAGUACGUCGGGCGUUCAGGCAACGUAGAAACCACGCUGAGCAGCACCAAUUAUCGCAAGGAGGCGCGGUCUACUCUGAACUUCCAGCAGAACCUUUGGACACAUCUUGGAAUUCUGUCCAAUCGCCCCCUACCCCUGGCGCACCCCCACCAAAAAAUAUCUUACGGACUGCCCAACCACUAGAUCCUACACGACCAGCAUAUAUUGACCCACCUCGUGUCUCUGGCGAGGCAAAUUCCCAAGAGCGACUAUCAGGAACACCAGGUGCACAUGACCAGCAACCUCAGACUACCCACAUCGCGAACCUCGCUUUGCACCAACCCCGUGCCAAAAGAGUUUCGCCAGUUGCUCAGAUUGUACCAGAUUUUCCACUAGAACAAAGUAAAACCCCUAGUUCCCAAUUCCAAGACCUGGGGCAGGAGCAACAACAAACAGAUCGCCCGUCUCGUCAGGAUAUGGAAAAGCGAAAGUCUACCAACUCAGCUCAGUCGUCUGUCUACGAAGCAUCGAAAUCACACGAGAAGAUUUCUUCAAAAGGCAAAAUUUCGUCAAUAUUCAAGAAAUUUGGUGGAAAUGGUCAGGCUUCUUCACAGCAACGGCAAAACCUGGAAACCAUUUCGGCUGGUUCAAAUUUGAAUUCAGAAGGGCCAGGGCGCCUAAAACCAGCUUCGUCGGUCAAGCGUCCAAGCGUGGAUCAGCAGUCACAGGCCAACCAGAAAUCAUCACUCUUUGACCUCAAGAAGCAGAGGAAUCCUGCGGCCUUCUAUAGCAUCCCUUACCAGCAAUCGACAGCCAACGUACCUAACCACUCUAGCCAGUCGAACCAACCAGACGUUGCAAGUGGCGCCAAGCCGAAGCGCAAUUCGGGGCUAGGUGCGAUUUUUGGUAAGGAUGGCCCAAGCGUUGAUGGCAUGGUCACAAAGUUCAAACUUUCGUCGUCGAAAGAGGACAAGAAAGCGCAAAAGGCCAAAGGAGACUCUACAAAAACUCAGGUUAAACCCUCUCAACAGACGGAGUCACCCAGACCGUCGAUAUCGGAUACCCGUCCAGAGGAGCCCUCUGCUUUUCUCCGAACGAAGCAAUUGGCAGAAGAGCAUCAGGCUCAGCAAAGCGGCCAGCCCUCGCCACAGGUUAACAUACGUCCAGUGCGCACCAGCUCCCUAAUGCACAAUCACGGCCCAUUGUUCGACCGUUUGCGUCAAGAAUUUCCUAAUCCUCCGAAUGGAGAGUAUUACUGGCCUAAUGAUGAGCAAACUGAGGACAACAGAGGGGCAUAUGCCGCAACUGUGGCUGCACGACAACAGUACGAGCAACUACAAAUGCAGCGUCAGAAGGAGCAGGCUGCGUAUGGGCAAGGCGAGUAUAGAGAUCCUUACCAUGAGCAGCAGCAACAGCAAUUACAAUCGUCCCGCCCAUUGCCAGGGCAAAACGGCGCGCCAAUAUCGGGCCAGAGCUAUGUUUCACAAAAUGCUACCUCAGCAGAGCCCAGCUACGAAGCAACUCCGAUACCUGCUGCGUACGGUCAUGUAUCUGGAGCUUACGUAGCUCACUCAAACCGGCAGGACCAACCCAUAUAUCCACCUCAACAUGUUCAGGCAGCACAUGUGAAUCAUCCCACGACGCAGUAUGCAGAUCCAUGGAUGCCACCCAUUUCUCCACAAAUAUCCGGGCAAUCCCAAAUGUACCAGAGUAGUCGGUCACACUCCGAUGACAGCAACAUGCACGUAGUAUCACCGAUAUCGCGUUCAGCUUCCUUGUACAGCUAUCCGCCUCAUCAUGGCGCUCAGCGAACUCAAAAACCAAGGAUGGGCAGUAUCUCAGAGGUGUCUCAGCAAGACCGUCCCUGGCAUCUCAAUUUUCCAGCAGGAGCCACUGAACAGGAGAUUGUCCGGGCACGUCAGGGACAGUACAUGCAGGCUCUUUUCAACGCUCAGCAGCAGCAACAAGCUGAACGAGCUGCAGGAACACCUUCGCCACAUACCCCCCAGCACACAACGCCUACAAACACAGUUCCACAUGAACAUGCGCAAGGAGGUGGAUUUCGUGAGCUUUUACCUUCAGGCUCUCCACAACCCUAUCGAGUCCCUCAUUCUGAGUCGCCUCGUUACGAACAGCCUUUGCCAACUCGCCGCCAUCCGGCCUACGAGCAGCAAGUCCCGACACGUUCUGAGCCGUCUCCACAGCCCGCAGCAUACCCCUUACCUGAAUCACGCAAUUCGACAAGACCCGCUGGCACAGUGAAUCCACCUCCCAACCUACCUUACUCACCAACAAGAAAUGCUUUCCCUGAUGAGCAGAUGUAUCAGAAUGAUGGACAGCAAUACCAUCAAAAUCCCUCUCCAAAAGAAGACAUGUAUCAGGCGCCAGUGAACAGAUCAUCAGAAUACGACGCACAAAUACCCGACGAGGCACCACCAUCAUACGAUGGAAUUGGUGUCCCCAACGAAGGCAUGGACAAGAGUCGCCCUGAUGCGGUUCGGCCACCCAACAUCAAUACAAACGUAGAUGGAGAACACCGUAGUCAAAGACUAGAGUCCCGACCACGGCAGCCAUCCAUCGGAAUGCUGCAACAUCCCCAGCCCGCCUCAAUGGCUGCAUCUCCCCAACGCACAUUAUCAGACAUGGGUGCCGAAUCGCUCCGUCGGCAACUCCUCCAACAAGAAAACAUCCAGCACAUGGAGCGCGUGCAGCGCGAACGAGAGCGCCGCGAGGCCAUUGCACGCGAAAGGCAACAGCGCGAAGCAGCAAGAGCACGAGCCAGAGAGCUCGAACGCAGCGUCUCUAGCGGUGGUCAAGUUGGCAGCUUGCGCACUAUUGGUGGUAGCUUUAGCAGCGCGGGAAGUAGUUGGGGGCGGACCGGUAGUCAGCAUAGGCAAGUGUUUGAAUUAUCUGCUCUUGACGAUGACGAGCCCGUCAUGAAGGCUACGAGUUAUCCUGGCCAAGAAUGGACGCCCCCGAUGUGGGAUGGAGAUUAA